UCAAAGUUAUUUUUCCCCCCCGGAUGUAGCAUCUGUCAACUCUGGUUGACUGACUGCUUGUUAAAUUAUUUUCUAGAAAACUUCUCCAUUGUACCACGAAAUAAUUUAGUUGUCAUAGUUUUCAGGGAAAUAAAAGUGUUACGCUGUGCGAGUGUAACCUGCCACAACCUCUGUAACAUGCUUUGUUAAGUUCAGUCAAACUGUAAGCUUUGGCGAUUGGAAUGCGAGGAAUUUUCAGGAAUUGUCAUAUGAAAGAAAGUAAUGUCAAACUUUGUGCUUGGGGAAGCUGUAACAUUGGGUAUCCAAAACAUUUUAAAGUGUCAGUUCUGGAUUCGGCUUUGUUGAACACCAAAUUCAGUCACAGAUCAACACCUCCAUUAUUACAAGAAACAUACGUUUGCAAAGGGACCAGCCUUGUACAGAUCAGAGGUCAUAAACCCACAAUGCACUCUGGGUAACUUCUCCCAUGGAGAUGAGGCAGAGGUGACUGAAAGCGAUACAAUGGAUUCUACUGACAUUUUCAGAUAAUAACUACCCACAAACACCAAAAUGACAGAUCCUAACAAGAGGUUUUUGAAGCUGGAAGUAGUAGACUGCCGGCAAACACACCUGAACCACAUCAUCAAAAAGGAGGAGGAAGAAGUGUAUUAUAUAGUCAAAGUAGAGGAAGAACAGGAGGAAAAGGUCCAUGGACUUAAAGAAGAAAAAGGAGUAGAAGAAGAAAUGGUAAAAGAAGUAACAGUAAAAGUGAAAGAUGAAAAAGUAGAAUUUAUUGAAGUAAAAGUUGAAGAGGAAUUUAAAAAAGUAAAGAAAGAAAUAAAAGUGGAAGACCAGGAGGAGGGAGGUUGUUUGGUCAACAAAGAAGACGACCAGGUAGAAGGUGGUGGUUUGUUCGACAAAGAAGAAGACCAGGAAGAAGGUGGUGGUUUGGUCAACAAAGAAGAAGACCAGGAAGAAGGUGGUGGUUUGGUCAACAAAGAAGAAGACCAGGAGGAGGGUGGUUGUUUGGUCAACAAAGAAGAAGACCAGGAGGAGGGUGGUUGUUUAGUCAAUAAAGAACAGGCUAUCAGGGAUUUUACUCAUCCUGACGGAAAUAGCGACCAGCUGCUUGUCACCAGGAAGAGCUCAUCUGCAUCAGAAAAACCUCGAAAACAGAAAAAAAACAAAAAGGCACAACAGCCCCAGGGGUCUCCGUCCACUGUUCUGUACUGCCAUGACUGCGGGAAGAGUUUCGACAGCCGCACCAAGCUGAACUCUCACAGGAAAAUACAACAGUGCCGAAUUACAUACGAUGCCACAGAGCGCCCAUCUUAUGUCUGUCCUGACUGCGGCAAGACCUUCGGCGGUCGUCGCAACCUCAGCAAGCACCGCAUGAUUCACACCACAGAGAAACCACACCACUGCUCCGACUGCGAUCGGAGCUUCCUCAGACUCCAGCACCUCAAGGACCACCAGAGAACCCACAGCGGAGAGAAACCUCACUACUGCUCCGUGUGCGGGAAGGGCUUCACCAAGAGACGUCUGCUCAGGACGCACCAGCGGCUACAUGACGUCGAGGGUGCGGAUGUUGAAUUUGGGAUAGAUGCGGAGACUGCAGGGGAGGUGUUGACGCCGUUGGGGCGGAAGAGAGCUCUAAGAGUCCUGGCUGGCGUAGACUACUAUUACUGCACAGAGUGUGGGAAGAACUACUCCAGUUCAAGCUAUCUGAAGGUGCAUCAGCAGGCUCACAAAGGGAACAAACCGCAUCAGUGUGCAGAGUGUAAAAAAUCAUUUGGGACGUCAAACGCUCUGAAGGUUCACCUGCAGACUCACUCCGGGGAGAAACCCUACGACUGCUCCAGGUGCGGGAAGAAGUUCUCUGACCUGCGCAGUCAGCAGGCCCACCAGAGCACCCACACCGGAGAGAAACCGUACGUCUGCCACAUCUGUGGGAAAGGCUUUGUUUGGCAGGUGAGCCUUCAGCGCCACCUGGGUUCACACAGUAGCAGUGGAGUAGCGAUCGUAGAGUAAUGUAUUUAAAAUCCAGUGGGUUUUCACUCCAAACCACAGGAGGGUGGAUCUACGGGAACAGGAUUGAAAUUAAAACCCACAUUUCUCAUGUGUUUUGUUUUAUUUGUAUUUAUGUCCCAAGUUGGAUUUCUAUUACGCUUGGAGGUUUUAUUUUAUUUAUUAUUUUACAGUAUUUCAGUGUUACCAAUGUCGUUUAUACAGAGCUUAAACAACAGAGGACACAAAUUGGAGCCCUUGGAUAAAACUUUACAUACAUCGGUUACAGCCUCUGUCCUCUCACGAAGAUAGUCCCGAAAACCACAAACGUGUGUUAACAGUGGCCUGAUGAUAGCCGUUUCCUAGUUAAAAGGAAAUGAUCAACUGUGUCUAAGGUCUUUGACAGGUCAGUAAACAGGGCAACACAGUUCAGCUUAUCAUCUAAGGGCCUGGUAAUAUCAGUUACAGUGCUGGUGCAAUCAAGUGCUGUAUCCUGGUCUGAACCUUGAUUGGUGCAUAUUCAAAAUACAGUUAUCAGUCGGAAAAGAUGGUAGCUUUGUAUUCACCCAUAAUUCCACAGUCUUUUGCUAGACGGAAUCAUUUAGAUUGGCUGAUUAAAGCCGGGGUUGUUGGAGUGUCCGCCCUUAUGAACUGGCAGAACAUGAGCAGCUUUCCAUACUUUUGGAAUAACUUUGGAGAUUAGAGUCAAAUUGAAAAUAUAGGCCACUGACCAGCAAUGAAUGGUGCUUCACAUGCAAGUAAACCUGACUCACCCCAGUGGAUUUCUUUGUAACAAUAGCAACGCAUGGCUUUUCUGCUAACCGGUGAAAAAACAGUUGACAUCGUUUUCCGAGAGCCUGUACGAUUUCAAGAACUCCACCUUGCUCUGUCCCACCGGGAGAACAGAUGAUUUUUCAAAUCUAUUGCCAGCUAAAAUGAACUGUUGAUUAAAUGUAUCAAUAAUAGUAUCUUUGUGAGGCAUUUCCUAUAUAUUAUUGAAAUUAUCCAGACUAAUGAAUACAUCAUUGGUCUUUGAUGUAGGAAUAUUUGGACAAAUAUUAUAAAGUCAAAUGAUGACAUACUGGACAUUUUUUAUGAAUGUACAUAUAUAUAUUCAGUAUGUACAUGUUUCUAUGCACAUAGUUUGUAAUGGACCACCAUGUAUUUUUAAAUAGAUAUUUUCUCAGUGUUCUUGGUAUAAUUAUGCUACUGAUGAUGACUGAAUAUCUUUAAACAACCAAAUGUAAUACCUGGGCCUGUGAUGUUCACGUAACUCCUAAAGGUUGCUUGAUAUAAAAUGAGUGGUUAUUACAGGAUAAAAUGUAAAGAUGGCUGCUCCACUCUUACUUGUCUGCUGUUGCUAAUUUCAAAACAUGUUGACCCAAUGGGUAGAAAAACUGUUUCCCCAACAUUAUCGUCCAGGCUGUAUGAAAUCAUUGGAUAAUGUUGCUUGCUGAUGUUAUAUGUUGGUUAGUUCUGUUCCUUUCGCAUGCAGCUUUUUGGGUGAAUACCCAUGAACAGCUGAACAGAGCUGAACUUUGCUAGUGUGUAUUUUCAUUUACAGUGUAAUUCAUUCUGCCUCGUGACUUUUUUUUUAAAAUCCAACCGUAAAGGAAUUACUGUAUUAUUUCCUGUCUGUUGUUAUUUGAGUGUUUAAUAAAGAUUUGUAACCGGAA